AUGCCGAUCAUCCGCAACCCAUUUCGCAAGAACGACGAGAAUGCGCGCCCCUCGUUGGCCGUCGAUGGCGCAGAGAAGCCUCCGGGGAGCAGCAAUGGCGCCAGUCAGGUUGAUCUCAGUGAGAAGAGACCGGUCGAAUACAAGCUGAGUGGUGAGUCGAUGCGCCGCUGUAGACGCUUGUGACGAUCAUGCGCUGACGGGGGAUCCCAGAGAUCAAUGAUUCGGGAGUCUAUCUGCCACCUUCGCCCACAAACGAGAAGAAGAGCUUCUGGGGCGCUGCGUCGUCACGAUCGACGACAUCCUCUUCGCUGCACCGAUGCGCCUUCGACGAGAACGAGCCAUUCAGCAUCUCAAGGGAGUCCUUCGAUUCUUACCGGAGGUCAUUCGUAAGUUGCGAGAGAUCUAGGUGCUACUGAGGCACGGUCGCUGAUUUACAUGGAUAGGACAUCUCUGCCCGAUCUCCUGUAAUUCCAACUCUUGAGGGCCGGCCGCGCGGUUCACUCGACAGCAGAACUUUCCACCCUCCGCCGCGAAGUUCAAACUCGUUCCACCGGCCACUGCAAGUACCUCAAACGCAGGAGGAGGAUAGGUUCGAGGAUGUAAACAUCGACGAUCCCAAGCCGCAGCCUCAGAAGAAGCGUGGUAUCUUCGCGCGAAUCCUGGACAACGACGACGAGCCCCGUCCAGCGUCAAGUGGAGAUAAGAGCGGCCCGUGGCAUCACCUGACAGGCAGAAAGCGAGGACAGAGCGGACAGGGCGCAGAACUUGGCGCGGUGCCCAAACGAGAGGCAACACCAAGGCCUGAGAGACAAGUCGAAAAGCAGUCGGAGAAGCAGGUUGAGAAGUUGACAGAGUCAUCACAGCAGGCAAACGGGAAUUCCACACAAGCGCCAAAGAAGGAGAACACUCAGGCACCAGAGAUUCGAGUCAGUGACUCUUGA